CAUUUUCGUAAUUAUUUGAUCAAUUUUUUUUUAUUUUUUGAAAUGCUAUUUUCAUUGGAUUUUGAAGGAUAAAGAUGGUUGAUUCGGCCUGAGGCUAUUUUUCAACGACGAUUAAGUCCAUCCAGGGUCAAUUUGGGCGGAUUUCUUCCGGGUCCAUUUUUUGCAAACUCCAAAGGGGUACCAUCACAGAUUUCGGGCGAUUUUUCCGAAAUGCCAUUUUCUUUCGAUUUUGGAGGCUACAGAUCAUGGAUACGACUCGAGGCUAUUCUCCAUCGAAUAAAGUCUAUUGAUUAUAUUCUGCGCCGAUGAAUAAGUCAAUUAAGCACCGAAUUGGGCCAAUAUAUUUUGGGAUGGCAUUUUCGUAAUUAUUUGAGCAAAUUUUUUUUUGAAAGGCCAUUUUCCUUGGAUUUUGAAGGAUAAAGAUGGUGGAUUCGGCCUGAGGCUAUUCUUCAACGACGAUUAAGUCCAUCCAGGGCCAAUUUGGGCGGAUUUCUUCAGGGUCCAUUUUUGGCAGACUCCAAAGGGGUACCAUCACCGAUUUCGGACGAUUUUUCCGAAAUGCCAUUUUCUUUCUAUUUUGGAGGGUACAGAUCACUGAUUCGGCUCGAGGCUAUUCUCCACCGAUAAUAAAGUCUAUUGAUCCUAUUCUGCGCCGAUGAUUAAGUUAAUUAAGCACUGAAUAUAGCCAAUAUAUUUUUGGAUGGCAUUUUCGUAAUUAUUUGAGCAAUUUUUUUUGAAAGGCCAUUUUCCUUGGAUUUUGAAGGAUAAAGAUGGUGAAUUCGGUCUGAGGCUAUUCUUCAACGACGAUUAAGUCCAUCCAGGGCCAAUUUGGGCGGAUUUCUUCUGGGUCCAUUUUUGGCAGACUCCAAAGGUGUACCAUCACAGAUUUAGGGCGAUUUUUCCGAAAUGCCAUUUUCUUUCGAUUUUUUGGAGGCUACAGAUCACGGAUUCGGCUCGAAGCUAUUCUCCACCGAUAAUAAAGUCUAUUGAUCCUAUUCUGCGCCGAUGAUUAAGUCAAUUAAGCACCGAAUAGGGCCAAUAUAUUUUGGGAUGGUGACUCACUCCUACUGUCACUCUAGGAAUUGGCCAAGUGUAACCACUUCCUAAAGUGUAGUAUAGCGGGUUUGGGUUUUAAUGUCAACCCGGGUCCUAAAUUUGAUGACUACUCGGUGAAUUCUUGUUAUCUAGCAAUGAAACUUUAGUGCAGGUCUAAAUUAACAAACAAGCAAAGCAACUAAACGGUUGUUUUCAGGUUACGAGAAGCACCCGGAUAUGGUUCCCCCUAGACUGCAGUUAAGCCGGAUUGCAAUUACCAAGUUCAAUUUCUAUGAUAGUUAUACUGCCGAAGGUUCUAAAGCAGUCUGAAGUCUCGACUAAAGGUCUCCAGACCCUCUCAAUCUGAGUCUCUGGCGGGCGACUAACCUCUACCGGAGUAAACAGAUUGAGGCCCUAACGAACAAAACCUCCACUACCGAAGUAAAUUCGGUACAGAAUAGUGAGUUGGCUCCUCGACUAAAGUCACCAACUCCCUACCUUCAAUCAAGGAUGCUCUAUCAACCUAGGCAGAUAUUCUCAUUCUAGGUUAAAGCAUAAACAACAGGAAUUUGAUCAGGAUUCAUGCCAUUCAAUCAUUCAAACCUCAAUUGAAUAUAAUCAAAUCGUAGAAUCAGUACUUGGGUUCAUACAAUCAAACCUAACAUACAAAUCUAAGGUUUCCCAUACCCAGAUGAAUGGGAGAACUACUCCAUGGAGAAAGAAGCAAAAGCAGAUUCAGACGCGGAAAUCAUACUGUGAAGGAUGGAUUUCUGCUCCUGGACGUUGAUCGGCACUCCUCCAAGCUCAAGCCAAGCUCCAAUGGUGAUGAAGAUCAAGCUAGGGCACUUGGGAACUCUUGUUCGUCGCUUUCUCUCUCUAGGAAUCGCUCUGUCUCUCUAAAACUCGAAUCCCCUUCUCUUUUGGCCGAAAUCUGCCUAAAAGGGCAUCACUGGGCAAAACACGGUCGAGGGCACGGCCGUGUUCUACUCCAGCCCGCCAGUGCCCUUGCCACGUGGUAAAUACACGGCCAGCCUUUGGGGAAAACACGGGCGUGUUUGAUGAUGGACACGGCCGUGUUCUGGGUCAGUCCUGCCCGUGUUUUGAGCUAGUGUUUGUCAGUCGUGGAUCAAGCCUUGACAGUAAAAACACGGUCCAGGAACACGGCCGUGCUUUGUUUUAGGCGUGCCCGUGUUUUGGCUCCAGCUCGACCGAAUGACUUCCGAAUGCCCCGAAACUCGUGCUUAGCCUUUCCUUCGACGUCUGGGACCUGACAUAUGACAAAGUAGCACAACCCGGUGUAAAAUUGGCCAAAUAUACACGACUAUGCCCCUAAAACAGAUAAGAACUAGGGGCAAAUAUGUGCAAUUACAUCGUUAUCAGAUGGCAUUUUCGUAAUUAUUUGAGCAAUUUUUUUUUUUUGAAAUGCCAUUUUCCUUGGAUUUUGAAGGAUAAAGAUGGUGGAUUUGGCCUGAGGCUAUUCUUCAACGACGAUUAAGUCCAUCCAGGGCCAAUUUGGGCGGAUUUCUUCCGGGUCCAUUUUUGGCAGACUACAAAGGGGUACCAUCACCUAUUUCGGACGAUUUUUCCGAAAUGCCAUUUUCUUUCUAUUUUGGAGGCUACAGAUCACUGAUUCGGCUCGAGGCUAUUCUCCACCGAUAAUAAAGUCUAUUGAUCCUAUUCUACGCCGAUGAUUAAGUAAAAUAAGCACCGAAUAUGGCCAAUACAUUUUUGGAUGGUAUUUUUCGUAAUUAUUUGAGCAAUUUUUUUUUUGAAAGGCAAUUUUCCUUGGAUUUUGAUGGAUAAAGAUGGUGGAUUCGGUCUGGGUCUAUUCUUCAACGACGAUUAAGUACAUCCAGGGCCAAUUUGGGCGGAUUUCUUCCGAGUCCAUUUUUUGCAGACUCCAAAAGGGUACCAUCACAGAUUUCGGGCUUUUUCCAAAAUGCCAUUUUCUUUCGAUUUUGGAGGCUACAGAUCACGGAUUCGGCUCGAGGCUAUUCUCCACCGAUAAUAAAGUCUAUUGAUCCUAUUCUGCGUCGAUGAUAAAGUCAAUUAAGCACCGGAAUAAGCCAAUAUAUUUUGGGAUAGCAUUUUCGUAAAUAUUUGAGCAAUUUUUUUUGAAAUGCCAUUUUCCUUGGAUUUUGAAGGAUAAAGAUGGUGGAUUCGGCCUGAGGCUAUUCUUCAACGACGAUUAAGUCCAUCCAGGGCCAAUUUGGGCGGAUUUCUUCCGGCUCCAUUUUUGGCAGACUCCAAAGGGGUACCAUCACAGAUUUCGGGCGAUUUUUCCGAAAUGCAAUUUUCUUUCGAUUUUGGAGGCUACAGAUCACGGAUUUGGAUCGAGGCUAUUCUCCACCAAUAAUAAAGUCUAUUGAUCCUAUUCUGCCCCGAUGAUUAUGUCAAUUAAGCACCGAAUUGGGCUAAUAUAUUUUGGGAUGGCAUUUUCGUAAUUAUUUGAGCAAUUUUUUUUUGAAAGGCCAUUUUCCUUGGAUUUUGAAGGAUAAAGAUGGUGGAUUCGGCCUGAGGCUAUUAUUCAACGACGAUUAAGUCCAUCCAGGGACAAUUUAGGUGGAUUUCCUCCGGGUCCAUUUUUGGCAUACUCCAAAGGGGUACCAUCAAAGAUUUCGGGCGAUUUUUCUGAAAUGCCAUUUUCUUUCGAUUUUGGAGGCUACAGAUCACGGAUUCGGCUCGAGGCUAUUCUCCACCGAUAAUAAAGUGUAUUGAUCCUAUUUUGCGCCGAUGAUUAAGUUAAUUAAGCACCGAAUAUGGCCAAUAUAUUUUGGGAUUGCAUUUUCGUAAAUAUUGGAGGAAUUUUUUUUUAAUGGCCAUUUUGCUUGGAUUUUGAAGGAUAAAGAUGGUGGAUUCGGCCAGAGGCUAUUCUUCAACCACGAUUUAGUCCAUCCAGGGCCAAUUUGGGCGGAUUUCUUCCGGGUCCAUUUUUUGCAGACUCCAAAGGGGUACCAUCACUGAUUUCGGGCGAUUUUUCCGAAAUGCCAUUUUCUUUCGAUUUUGGAGGCUACAGAUCAUGGAUACGAAUCGAUGCUAUUCUCCACCGAUAAUAAAGUCUAUUGAUCCUAUUCUGCGCCGAUGAUUAAGUCAAUUAAGCACUGAAUUGGGCCAAUAUAUUUUGGGAUGGCAUUUUCGUAAUUAUUUGAGCAAUUUUUUUUAUUUGAAAGGCCAUUUUCCUUGGAUUUUGAAGGACAAAGAUGGUGGAUUCGGCCUAAGGCUAUUCUUCAUCGAUGAUUAAGUCCAUCCAGGGCCAAUUUGGGCGGAUUUCUUCCGGGUCCAUUUUUGGCAGACUCUAAAGGGGUACCAUCACCGAUUUCGGACGAUUUUUCCGAAAUGCCAUUUUCUUUCUAUUUUGGAGGCUACAGAUCAGUGAUUCGGAUCGAGGCUAUUCUCCACCGAUAAUAAAGUCUAUUGAUCAUAUUCUGCGCCGAUGAUUAAGUUAAUUAGGCACAGAAUAUGGCCAAUAUAUUUUGGGAUGACAUUUUCGUAAUUAUUUGAGCAAUUUUUUUUGAAAGGCCAUUUUCCUUGGAUUUUGAAGGAUAAAGAUGGUGGAUUCGGCCUGAGGCUAUUCUUCAACGAAGAUUAAGUCCAUCCAUGGCCAAUUUGGGCGGAUUUCUUCCGGGUCCAUUUAUGGAAAACUCCAAAGGAGUACCAUCACCGAUUUCGGACGAUUUUUCCGAAAUGCCAUUUUCUUUCUAUUUUGGAGGCUACAGAUCACUGAUUCGGCUCGAGGCUAUUCUCCACCGAUAAUAAAGUCUAUUGAUCCUAUUCUGCGCCGAUGAUUAAGUUAAAUAAGCACCGAAUAUGGCCAAUACAUUUUUGAUGGUAUUUUUCGUAAUUAUUUGAGCAAUUUUUUUUGAAAGGCCAUUUUCCUUGGAUUUUGAAGGAUAAAGAUGGUGGAUUCGGUCUGGCUCUAUUCUUCAACGACGAUUAAGUACAUCCAGGGCCAAUUUGGGCGGAUUUCUUCCGGGUCCAUUUUUUGCAGACUCCAAAAGGGUACCAUCACAGAUUUCGGGCUAUUUUUCCGAAAUGCCAUUUUCUUUCGAUUUUGGAGGCUACAGAUCACGGAUUCGGCUCGAGGCUAUUCUCCACCAAUAAUAAAGUCUAUUGAUCUUA